AGCCUACAUGGGCUAGACCUUAGGCUGCAAAAGAAGCAAACUUGCCAAGCCCGCCCAACCGCUUCGGCCUUAGUCUGAUUUGAAGCCAGUCGUUCAACCGUUAGCAGGCGAUCCUCAAUAAACAUGAAGCUAUCGCAAAACUGCCCGUUUGCACAAAUAAGAGAACAGUGUCUUAUUCUAACGAACGGGCACAGUGUGGUCUUGAGCCCAUGCGACCGUUGACAUGACUUCUAAAUCAACGCCGGGCAAGAGCGGGGGCCUCUCGCUGUACGCCAAUCUCCUAGAUCCGGCGUCAGAGAUCUCUGCAGCUUCUAGGACGAUUUCAAGAGCCCCAGUGGUGUUCAACCAGAGCUCAGAGGGAGAUUCUCAGCCAGAUGAUGCCGCCACGGAGAAACAACAGCUAAGUGCCGCAUCUUUACGCUUUCAACCUAUCAAACGACCACAAUUAUCGAGUCAGAAGCCAAAAGCUAAGGCCCCAUUCCCCAAACCCACCUCAGCGCCUUCCGCGCCCGCUGCUCCCACACCAAGCGCAAAUAGUGCCGCUGCGCGUCUUCAAACAAAGACUACUUUGGCAGACUGGGCAUCUACAGCAGAUGACGACGAUGACAUAAAUGGCUUCUACGGAGGGACAAGAAGACAACGUGGAGGCCGGAAAAAGAGGAAGAAGAAUCGAGAUGGCCCUGAGAUGAUGACAAACUGGGAUGAUAUAUAUGACCCUUCGCGACCAAAUAAUUAUGAAGAGUACAAACAGAGCGACGAGAAAAUCCGCGAAGUUAGAGAGUGGAAAGACCGACUAUAUACACAUCGUAUGGUUAGGCGUUCAAGCAGUGACUUUGAUAGUGACGGCGAAUACUCUCAACCAAGAAGUAGACAAUUUGCCCCCCCAGCCUAUAAUUUUGCGCCUCCUCCUGGUCUAAAUGACACUUCUAAGAUCAAUCCGGAGGACAGUGGUGAGGAUGCGUACGCUCGACGGCUUCAAGCGACUCAAGGAAGUAAUGACUUGAACACUUCGGAAUCAGAUUAUCAACCACCACCAGCGGAUGUACCGAAAGAUUCUACGUGGGAAGAUGCUUAUACCCGGAGGCUUCAAAUGAGCCAGCAACCACCGCCUCCUUCUCUUUCCCCUCCUCCACCUCCUCCGCCAGAACCUCCCGUCGCUGCUCCUCCGCCAAUGUCUACCUUUCAACCAGGCUCAGCAACCAUUUCGCGCGCUCCUGUUCGAUACGUGCUACCUCCGCCACCAGAAGAUAUCCCAGCGACAGAGGAAGAGCUUGAGGAAGCGUUUGCAAAGGAAGAGUCUGUUCAGGAAGAAGGGGAUGCUCCUCGCUCUAUUCGACCAGGACAAAAGGGCUUUGCGGAACGUCUCAUGGCCAAAUAUGGGUGGACUAAAGGAUCGGGCUUAGGCGCCACUGGUUCCGGCAUGAUCAACCCAUUACAGGUCAAGGUUGAGAAACAGAAGAAGAAACCGGAUUCAGAAGGCGGGGGCUUUGCUACACCCGCAGGCCGUGGCAAGAUUAUUGCCGGCAAGAAGAAGAAGGCCGAGGAAGAAGGGAAAUUUGGGCCUAUGAGUGAAGUCAUUGUGUUAUAUGGAAUGGUAAAUGGUUUAGACCUCGAUGCAGAACUUGACAAUAGUCAAGGAGGUGGUCUUAUGCAGGAAAUAGGCGAGGAAUGUAACGAAAAGUAUGGCCGUGUUGAACGAGUUUUCAUCCAUCGUCAGAGCGAUGGACCCAUUCCUGUUUUUGUCAAGUUUACUGCUCAAUUGUCAGCACUACGUGCUGUCAAUGCACUGGAAGGUCGGGUUUUCAAUGGCAAUACAAUUACAGCCAAAUUCUAUGACACUGAGAGGUUUGAAAAGGGUAUAUAUCAAUAAGAGAUUAUGAUACUACGUUUCAUACCGACGAUAAUUGUCGACUGUCUAGAGGACCACUCGUCUGAAUGUACAUCUGAUGUGAUAACGCAAAGCACCUCUCUCAUGUCAGCCGCAUUGUCAUAUUUUAAUACUUGAAUUCCUCGCAAUACUCAUCGUAAGCUGGUGAUGUAGUAGUAAUUAGAAGGAUGGUCAUUGAAAUUGGUCAUACCGCGUUAUCAUAUCUCUCAUCUGCUGAUCACUUCCUUUUCUUUUGUCCUUCCUCUUUCCCUCUUGUUUGAAAAUUUCUUUUUCUCGUCUACCACGAACAGAAACCGGUGAGCGUGUUGCUUUCUAUUUGCACAAUCAAGGGCCUUCAAAAUCCAACCAAGGCCACGUGGCACGUGACAUCCGACUCAAUCGGAAUCCCGAAGCUGGUGGCAGGCGUGGGGCAAU